CAGAAAGCAAUUCUAGAUGGAUCCUGAGACCCAUCCUCUGCUGCAGUUUGUACCUUUCGGUGCAAGAGAAGCUUCAGACUGAGAGUCAGUUGUAACGCAGCAUGACAAACAGAAUUUUCAGUGUGGAAAUCCUUGAUUGGGAGACUAAGAAACAGCUAUGCUUCCUAGAUAAGGUGGAACCAAAUGCUACAAUUAGAGAGAUCAGAUUGAUGUUCCAUAAAUUAUAUCCUCGGUGGUACCCAGCAAGGCAGUCAAUAAAACUUGAUCCAAAAGGAAAGGCUCUGAGGGAUGAAGAAAUCCUGCAGCACCUCCCUGUUGGCACAACUGCUACCUUAUACUUUAAAGAUUUAGGGCCACAGAUAGGAUGGACUACGGUAUUUUUGAUAGAAUACACAGGUCCAUUGUUCAUCUAUUUUGUGUUUUAUUUCCGCAUGAAUUUUGUCUAUGGACUGGAUGAGAGGUUUACAUCAAGUCCACACCCAGUAGUUAACUUGGCAUGUAUCUGCCAUUCUUUCCACUACAUCAAAAGGUUGAUUGAAACAGUAUUUGUUCAUCGAUUCUCCCGUGGGACUAUGCCACUGAGGAAUAUUGUGAAGAACUGUUUAUAUUACUGGGGAUUUGCAGCUUGGCUUGCAUAUUACAUCAAUCAUCCUCUUUACACUCCUCCUUCUUAUGGGAAAAAACAGAUAAAUUUUGCUGUGAUCAUGUUUCUGCUGUGUGAAGCUGGAAAUUUUUCCAUUCAUGUUGCACUCAGUGACCUCCGGAGAAAUGGAUCCAAAACCUGUAAGAUCCCAUAUCCAACAAAGAAUCCUUUCACAUGGCUGUUUUUCUUUGUAUCUUGCCCAAACUAUACAUACGAGGUGGGGACCUGGAUCAGUUUCACUAUCAUGACUCAGUGUGUUCCAGUGGGACUGUUCACCUUGCUUUGCUUCAUUCAGAUGACAGUCUGGGCAAAGGAUAAACACUGCACCUACUUAAGAGAAUUCAAGGAUUAUCCAAGUCAUAGAAUGCCAAUUAUUCCCUUUUUGUUGUAAGAAAAGAAGGCUCAAUUUGAAUAUUGCACAGAACUUCAAGAAGAAAACCUCAUAAAUAUCCUGCCAAAUAAAUGAAUUAAUUAAAAGGAUUUUGGUGCAUGUUGAAUCUCCACUGCUAAGGGAAAUUGUAUGCACUUGAAAGCUACACUUCCUUACCUUCAAGAAUUCUCAACUCAGAAGCACCUUAAAAGAUAAGGUUUCAUUGCACAGUUGCAAAGAAAAAGUCCCUGCAGCUCACUGUAACCUGUACUAGUCUGUUUAGAUUGAUGGAUCAGAGAUCCUGAGAAGUCUGUGCUGAAGAGCAGCUCCAAAUUUAGCAGUGGGAUUCUGCAAGACAGAAGCACUCUGGAAGGAAGACACAGCAGAUAACUACUCCAGAGCUCAGUUCAGCCAGCAGGGCCAGCUGGCCUCAGGACAGUGGCAUGAUCUGCCUUCUUUGACUUGAAGAGUGUGUGCUGCCUGGAGGCAGGUGCUUUGUAACAGAUAACAUUACCAAAGAAUAUGAAUAAGUUCCUGGAAUAAAGAAAUAGGCCAUAUCUCAAAAACCUGAUUUGGGUCUAACACCUAAUUUGCCAAAAGAAUCUUAAGUAAGAAAUUUUUGUCGUAUUUGUGAAUGUAAUAUCCCAUUCUGGGGUUUUAUGUUUGUUUUUGGUCUUCUUCAUUAGUAGUUGCAUACUAGUAAAUAAGAUUCAGAAGCAAUCUAACCUAUGCCAUAUCUUUGAUAUCUGGCCUGUUUUGAUAUAACAUCUCCUUAAUUGACCUUUUACCUAGCAUUUUACA